AUGUCUCGCGUUCACGUAUUCUUCAACCGGCGCCCAACGAUACGAAUACGCCCUUCUGCAGUUCACCUGCACUCAGUCCGGGCCCAGUCCACCGAAGCGAGCCGCACAUCGCGCCUCGACCGCCUGACGUCCAAGCUCCCCAAACGCCUGCAAAAAUACACAAAUGGCCUUCGCGACGCCCCUGUUUCGCAUGUCGUUUCGUUUAUGAUUCUACACGAAAUUACAGCAAUUGUACCUUUGUUUGGACUCUUUUCCUUGUUUCACUAUACCAACUAUGUACCAAUAUCCUAUGUAACCGAUCAUUUCGGAGAGUCCCUGCAAGGAGGAAUCGAGAGGUAUGAGAGGUAUUUUAAGCGCAAAGGCUUGUUCGGCUUUGGGCAGGAAGACAAUAGCGACACGUCUGCAUCCGACAUGACGAACCAGAACGCACAUGUGGAGAAUGCAGUGCAGCGCUGGCACAAUGGAGAGCAAAAGUACAAAAUCCUUGUCGAAGUUGCCCUGGCAUAUGCUAUCACAAAAGUACUUCUCCCCAUCCGAAUCAUCGGUAGUGUCUGGGCCACGCCAUGGUUUGCAAAGAUACUCGUUAGGGCAAAGUCUACACUGACACGAAACGCAUAA